CAGUUGACCUUAAUAUAGUUUUAAAAAUCAUUUUUAGCUUGUUUAGCAAGUUGCUCAUCUUUUUAGCACAAUCUGCAUCGCACGAAGAGCAAGUGUCUUUCGGCGGUCGAUUGUGUUUGACUGAACAGAGAUGUGAAACACCCAUUGAUUGAUCUCCACUACACUCCCUGCUGACCAGAGAAAACAGCCAAAGCGAGAGGGUAUUUAAAUUGGACGAAAUCCGUCCACCUUUGCUUGACGGAUAAGGUAGUUUUUUGCAUCAUUGCGUAGUCUAACCGAAUCAGUGAGUAGCGACGCGGAACCCCCGGCUUUGGCCUCAACACAGCACGACAUUAGCGAACCUGUAAUGUCGGCACUCUUGGACUUGUUUUCCCCUCUAAACCCUGCUUUCUUUUAGCCUGUGGCUAACUGCAUUACCGAGGGGAUGCUAUUGGACCAGGAGCUUUAAAUGCCUGAGAGAACAGUGGUCGUCAGCGGUAACUAGGCGGAUCGAGAGAGUCGCAGAGGCAGUGUGAAGAGGGAGGGUGGCUUCUGUCCCUUUCUGGACGUCCAUCUCUCCAGCACUACCUUCAUCGCGUCCAUCCACCACCGCCCUCUUUCUCCUACUCCUCCUCAUCCUCAACCAUGGACCCCCCGAGGACUCGAUCACGGUCUCGGUCAGGCUUCUAUCAUUUCGGCAUGAACGGCGGCGUUGGCAGUAACGGCAGUGGUAACGCUGUUGGUAGUGGGAGCUUGGUAAACGCCAGCGGAGGAGGGUCGAGUUACUCGCAGCAGAGUAACUCAGGUUGGGGGCCACACCACGGUGGUCGCAGCUACUCGGAGAACCAGCAGCAACAGCAACACACCCAGGGGAGCUAUAUGUCCGCAGGGGCACAGCGACACCCUCCACUCGGAGCCCACAGGCACCCCGGGGCCGGAGGAGUACUGCAUUUUCAUCCUGAUAACAUGUGUGGUGAUGAUCGGGACAAGAUGGAUGACAGUCCAAGCCCUAAGAGACAGCGUUUGUCUCAGCAGUCCAUGUUGGACCUGGGCUCUGCACCUUCCUCAACACCUUCCUCUCCCAUUCGUCCCUGGGAGCUCCCUCCCAAUCGCAGACCGCACCCUCAUUACAUGCCGGAGAGAUGUCACACACCUGUUCGCAACCGGCGCAGUCCUCCAAUGAGACGGCCCCGUGGCAGGAGAGACCGCCUCACUCGCCACCAUCACCAUGCCCACAAUAACAACAACCACCACCACCACCACUACAACAACAACAACAACCAACACCACCACAACCAUCACCACCCUAACUCCCACCACCAUCACCACCAUCCGCACUCCCACCAUGGCCACUCGUCGGGCCACCAGGAUGAAAACUACCGUCAUCCAGCUCCUCCUCCUCCUCCUCUUCCUCCUCCUCCCCAGGGUUACCAACCUUACAGCCAACAACCACCCAGAGGCCCGGGUCCAGGACGAGCCGAGCGUCCCGGUUCCCAUCCCCCAAACCCCUCGCCAAGGCCCCUCCAUCAGUCUCCAAAUCUAUCUCCUCGGCUGCUGCACCCUGCAGCCCACCCACAGCAUCAUCACAACCCUCACCCACACCAUCACCCUUCUCAGCAACAGAGCAGUGUGGUGCUGGACCUGCAUGAGCAGGGUUCCGCUCCAGUCUCAUACCCUAUAUCUCAGGCGGGGGCGCCACCUGGCCUGCCGCCCCGCUCUGCUCCUCAGCAGAUCCCAGCAUGCUCUGUGGUUUUCAGUGGACAGCACUACCCUGUCUGCAGUGUCCCUCCCCCCGUUCUUCAGACAUGUUCUGUCCAACAUUUACCGAUGCCCUAUCCUUUCCCAUCACUGCUGUCCAGUGACCCAGGCUUCCUGCUCCACCCUCCUCAUCUGCCCCAUCCCCCGACACACCUGUCCCAUCACCCGCCUCACCUGCCACAGCCUGGGCAGUUUGGACCCUACCCCACACAACAGGCUCGGUCGCCGUUACAGAGGAUUGAAAAUGACGUGGAGCUGCUUGGAGAGCAUCUGUCUCUGGGUGCUGGGCUCCACUACCCACCAGCCACCCACCCAGCACUCACCCCACACUCCACACAGCUGCAUUUCCUGUCCCAUGAGCCCCUGCCGCAGGAGUUGUUUGGAAUGUCGUAUCCAAACUUCAUUCCUCGGCGUCUCCCUGGGCGACGGUAUCGCUCACAACAGCCACUGCCACCUUCGCCUUAUCACCCCAGCCUCCUGCCUUACUUCCUUUCAAUGCUGCCAGUCCAGCCCGCAGGUCCUGCCAUCAGCCUAGAGCUGGACGUCGACGAUGGAGAAGUAGAAAAUUAUGAGGCUCUCCUAAACCUCGCUGAGCGUCUGGGAGAGGCCAAACUCCGUGGACUGACCAAGGGGGACAUCGAACAGCUUCCUUCCUAUCGGUUUAAUCCAAAUAACCAUCAGUCUGAGCAAACACUGUGUGUGGUGUGUAUGAGUGAUUUUGAGUCACGCCAACUGCUGCGAGUUCUGCCUUGUAGCCACGAGUUCCACGGGAAGUGUGUGGACAAAUGGCUGAGGGCUAACAGAACUUGUCCCAUUUGUCGAGCGGACGCCUCAGAGGUGCAACGAGAUUCGGAGUGACCACACGAGGGAGCUGAUACUCCACGAUCUGUCACACUCACUCAGUACUGCCUUCUCGUAUGAAUGUGUGUGUGUGUUUACUGUAAAUGCACACAUACGACACACUUUCUCUGUUUUGUUUUUCUCCCUCUCUCUCUUUUUUUUGUACAACACCGUUGUUUCUUCCAUUCUCUCCUCUGGAGUGUGUGUGUGUGUGUGUGUUUGUGUUUGUCAUUCUUCUUCUGCAUGGACGAUGGUUCACAUAUGUUUUAAUACAAGACUUCAUCCUGCACUGGUGAGUGUGUGUGUGAGUGAGUGUGUAUGUGUGUGUGUAUACAUGCAACUAAUAUGUCCCAGCAUCAUCUGAUCAGGCCAUUCUAUGGUGCACGGCUGUUGCGUGCAUGUGUGAGGUAGUUUGUUAGUUGUUUAUUGUUUUUACAUUUGAAGUAUACAAGACUCCUUUGAGGGUCCCUUUACUCUGGAGGGGCGAACUUUACUUCCUGUUUAUACGUUUAUGCACUGUAUGUCUGUAAGCAUACACUGUGUGUGCUUGUACGUGUGUGUUUUAGUAACUUUAGUCAUGUUCUCAAACACGACACUAAGGGUCCAUGCUGCCACUCUUCUUCACUUUUUCCAGUUUGACCUAUAUGUUUGUGGUACUAUUAUUAUUAUUAUUAUUAUUAUUAUUAUUAUGAUAAUAAUGCAGUUAUGGGUGACAUUUCCUGGCUGGCAUUUACCUCGUCAUUCCCCCUUUCGGUUACAGGCUUCCACUGCACUGCUUCAGAGUUAAGUGCAUUAUAAUACUUUUCUUUCAUUUAUUAGAGAAAGUAAGUUUGUCUGUGACUUGGCGAUGGCACAUGUGUUAUAUAUUAUACAUAUAUAUACUGUAUAAAUCAAUGAAUAUCUGUAUACCAAAUAAAAGGCUUGAUAUGAA